AUGACAAGCCUCCCGGACGACACUCGGUCCCUAGAUUAUAAGGAUAUAAUAGAACUGACUGAAACUAUAAAAAAGCUGACCUGUGAAUUACAAUCUGCACACCAGGAAAUAGAUAAUUUAACAUGCGAAAAUGUACAACUCAAAUCAGACUUAGCGAAGGCAAACAAAACGAUCGAAUUAUACAAAAAAGUUACUAUUGCGAGUCCAAGACUUACACCACGAUUAGACCGUAAAAAGAAAAAGAAAGAUUCUUUGAGUAGCCAAAUGAUCCAACAUACAAACAUACAUUUAACAAAUGAUAUGUUCUCAGACAAGGAAGAAACAUCUAAACAGUUUGAAGAAAACACAAAAAAUUGCAGCGAUAUUGUCAGCAAACAAGAAUCAAUGAAAACUCGCCAAACUAUUAUUAGAAAACGGAAACUCUGUAUUUUAACUAAUUGUAGUGUGAAAGAUAUAGUACAGUACGGUGUGCAAGACGCUGUGAUUCUAGACUGUGACUAUACUUACGGUAACAACACAUCGGGACUGGUAGUGAAGUGGUUUUUCGGAAACAAAGCUAGACCUGUCUACCAAUGGAUCGUGUCGCAAAAGCCACAGGACAUGGGGAUAUUGAGAGGUCGUGUUGACUUAGCCUACAGAGCAUCAAGCGAUCCAUUAAAAAUGCACAGAGCACUCCGCAUAGUGAAGCCCAACACCGACAUCUCUGGUGAUUACACGUGUGUCGUUUCAACAUUCAUGGACGAGGAUUCAAGAACUAAGCAAAUGAUUGUUUUUGUACCGGAGACGAACUUCCGCCUGAUCCAGAACAAGACUCACGAUGAUACUGUGAACGUGUUAUGUGCUGCGGACGGAGCGUUUCCUGCACCAAACCUCACGCUAGCAACACCUGAGAGGAGGCUGGACGGAGUUUCCCAUGAAUUGAAACUGGUGAACGGCAGAUACUCUGCGAUAGCUUCGGUUACGUUGCUCGACGCUGACCUUCCUUCACCUGCGGAGUUUAUUUGCACUCUCCGAAUACCUUUAGCAAAAUACGCAGUAAGGAAAGAAGCAAUUUACUAUCCGGGACCCAUUAGCACAACUCCUGAAAUGCCCACCGCGGCCGACAUGCAACUCGCUGCGGCUAUUGGCUCCAAAGGAACAAGCACGUGCACAGUUACAGCAUUGAUUUUGCUACCAGCUUUAGCUCAGUCAUUACUGGCAGUCCAAUGA